AUGCUUUGUUCUCGAGUUGAAGAGGCCUACCGUGCCGUUCUGGCCCAUCAGACUAAGACCAAUCGCACCGAUGGAGGCAAGCAAGUGGAGGAUGAAGAUAAUUCAAGAGGUAAAGCAUUUCCCCACAGACACUACCUCAGCUACGAGGGUUUGGGUUCAGGCACGCCCAGCCAGCGUGAGCGCCAGUAUCGACAGAUUCGUGUCGACCGGGCAUCCGAGCCGGUUUUCAACUACCGGCAGAGGGAGCACAAGAGGGCAGCCGCUGCAGAGGGGGCGCUAAUAGAACGGGACAUACGUCAGCGGAGCCGAAAGAUCGAGCGGCUUGUGGAGGACAUGAUCCAGGAGUCCAUGGCACGAGGAGACUUUAGAAACUUGAGUGGAGCUGACAAGCCCCUCCGCGACAUCCGAGAGACCAUCGCCGAGAUCCGAAAUGAGUUAUUGGAGGAGAGAGCCAGGCUUGGUGACCCAUUGGCUCCUAAAGAGCAAAGCAAAUGGGAGCAGCUGUGUGAAUCCGCAGAGGGGGAUUUAGUGAAACUUAACAAGAUGGUGGACGAUUACAACCUCAUUGUUCCGAUGCUCAACAUGCAAAUGGUUCACUUCAGUUUAUCACGAGAGAUUGACCGAGCUGUGAAAGGAGAACACCAACACAGACUGGACCAGCAGAGAGAGAGAGAGAAAAGGAGCAAGAGAGGUGGAAGGAAGAGAAAAAAAGAUCCAACGCAGUAACUAAACCUCAAAACACAAAACAGCAAGGCCUGCUGUGUUGGAUGAGGAACUUUCUCAGAUUAAAAUACUAAAACUCUGAAUCAAACGAAACAGAAAAAAUAUGUAAAAUCAAUAGGGGUAAUAUUUUAGAGACACUUACAGUAUGCAAUCAGAAACGAUUCUGUCACCAAUUUGUGCCUGUGUCACUGCUGUUGUGCAGAUAUGCUGGAUUGUCAUCAAGUGAUAUUGGCAAAGCAGUAUUGAGCCACCAUGGGAAUGUGACUGUAAAAUGUGAGGAACUGCAUGUGUUGAUAAAGAGCAUGAGGUACAUUCUAUGAAAUUACUAAUCUGAAAAAAAAACACCUAACACUGUAAAUUGUGGUGCUAUGUAGGCAAGGGUGUAACUUUGGUUACACCCAGUGGGG